CCUGUACCUCCUUCUCAUGCUGCUGCUCUUAAAGUGACAGAAUUUCAGACUUUAGCUGGGAAAGGGUUCAGUAAUCAACAAAACAGAGAGUAAAUACAGAUUUCACAAAUCCUGCCAAGAUAAAAGAGCUCCAAGCAAGGAUGAUGGGAUGCGGACAACUCCUUUACCUCCACUAAUGAUCAUUUUUAAAUCUUGGUCUACAGCCAUUCAAGAGCACAGCCAUCCAAGAUCAAACAGAUUUUCAAACUGUGGACUAUCACAAAUGUUUGCCCUGCAUCCCUUUCCUGUGUUCUCCUGAAGUCUUCAACUUGAUCUUUCACUGCAUUUGCUCCAGAUCCGUGCUUAUGUCUCUCCUCCAGACAAACUUUUUCCUUGUUUUUAUCUCACAGCUGAUUUGCUGUUCAUCAUCCACACUUACCUUGUCCAGCCCUUAAGAUAUUUCAAGACAUAUAUUAAAGGGCAAAUGGCAGUUUAGGAGUUCCAGUUUUGCCAGGACUUUACUCUUGCAGUGGGCAUGUGUGGGCAUUUUGCACAUGGUCAUUCUGUGCCCAGCAGGAUAAGUUUGUUUGUCAUGAAAGGUCUUAGGACUGACCAUUUUCUAGAAGCAUCGCCUAUGAAAUUUCUGCUGCUCCUAGCAUUUAUAUCCACACUGCUAGACAUGAGCUACUCCUCUCAGAACUGUACUAUGACAUGCCAUGAACGUGCUAAAUGUGAAGUGCACAACGGCGUACAAGGCUGUUAUUGUAGCCCAGGAUUCACUGGACGAGGCAUCAAUGGACCAAAUACAAUUGGCUGUUAUGAUGAUGAUGAAUGUGCAAAUGCCACCCAACUUUGUGGGGAAAAUGCAAACUGCACAAAUACUGUGGGAAGUUACUACUGCAUGUGUGCACCUGGAUUCCACUCUAGUAAUCGUAAUGUGACCUUUGUAACCAAUGAUGGGACUUUUUGUGAAGAUAUAGAUGAGUGCAAUGGACCAGUAACCAUUGCCUGUGGAGAUCAUGCGAAAUGUGAAAAUGUGGAUGGAGGAUAUAACUGCUCCUGUAAGGAAGGUUAUCAACCAUCCACAGGACAUUUACAGUUUAAGCCAAAUGAUGGCACUUCCUGCCAAGAAAUUCCAACAGUAAACUGUGAAUUGAAUAAUGACUGUAUAGCUGAAAAUAUUAACAGAACCUUAGCUAAAAUUAGAAAAAUAAAAGACCCCCUGGCUGUCUUACAAGAAAUCAAUCAGAACACUGCAGGACAAAUUUCACCAGUCGACGUGAUUUCCUACAUAGAAGCGUUAUCUGUAUCUUGUCCCUUGCUAAGUACUAUGAAUAACACGAUUUCUGACAUUGAAAGGCCCCAUAAUCUAAAUCUGACUCUUAAUGAAUAUGUUAACACUGUGAACAAUUUUGUUCAGAAAGACAAAAUUACAGUGUGGGAAGCUAUCCCAGCAGAUAACAGAAGAAAAAGUCUCACUAAACUGAUCCAUGCUGUGGAACAGACAACAGCUGCCAUGUCACAGAACUUCCGAAGGAUGACAGAAGUGGAAAUUAAUGCUAGCGAUUUGGCUCUGAAGGCUUUUGCUUUUGAAAUGAAACAUGCAGACCUCAUUCACCAAGGUGUGCGCAUGGGAGGAGAUGCCAUAAUGGUCUCUGCAAAGAAAAAGGAAACAUCUACUUCCAAAGGCACUGUUGCAGUUGUGUUCCUGCAGUACAGCAAUAUUGGCUGUCUCCUUUCAUCAUCGCAAAACUUCUCACUGAAGGAAAAUUCAGAGCAUGGAGAAACCGUAGGCUCAUCCGUUAUAGCUGUCACAAUUAGCUCCACUCCACCUCGGCUCUAUCCAGCUGAGGAAAUAACAUUUACUUUAAGGCAUGCACAGUCUGUAGACAAAAAAGAUAUUAAGUGUGCAUUUUGGAAUUAUUCAGAAGAUACAAUGGAAGGAAACUGGUUGACAGAAGGAUGCAAGCGGACACAUUUCAAUACCACUCAUACCUCAUGCAGAUGUAAUCAUCUUACUCAUUUUGCUGUUUUGAUGUCCUCAAACAAUUCUAAAGUUAACAACAAGGACCACAUUCUUACAAGAAUAACUGAACUUGGAAUAAUUAUCUCAUUGAUUUGCCUCUCCAUAUGCAUUUUCACAUUCUGGUUCUUCAGUGAAAUUCAAAGUACAAGAACAACAAUUCAUAAAAACCUCUGUUGCAGCCUUUUCCUGGCAGAGCUUAUUUUUCUUGUUGGAAUUAACAUGAGCAAUAAUAAGCUAUUCUGUUCUAUCACUGCUGGAUUACUCCAUUAUUUCCUAUUAGCUGCCUUUGCAUGGAUGUGUAUCGAAGGUAUUCACCUGUACCUUAUAGUUGUUGGCGUUAUCUACAACAAGGGAUUCCUGCAUAAGAAUUUCUAUAUCUUUGGCUAUGUCAGCCCAGCAGUGGUGGUUGGCAUUUCUGCUGCACUGGGAUACAAAUACUAUGGAACAUCUGAUGUGUGUUGGCUCAGCACAAAGAACAACUUCAUAUGGAGUUUUAUAGGACCAGCAUGUCUAAUAAUUCUUGUUAAUUUAAUGGCAUUUGGUGUCAUAAUCUAUAAAGUAUUCCAACAAACAGCAAUGCUAAAGCCUGAAGUUAGCUGCUAUGAAAACAUACGGUCUUGUGCACGAGGUGCUCUUUCUCUCCUCUUUCUCCUUGGUGCUACCUGGAUCUUCGGGGUACUUCAUGUCAUCCAGGGAUCAGUAGUCACGGCGUAUCUUUUUACAAUCUUCAAUGCAUUUCAAGGACUUUUCAUCUUCAUAUUUCUUUGUGUCUUGUCAAGAAAGAUCCAGGAUGAAUACUCCAGGUUGUUCAGAAAUGUCCCUUGCUGUUUUGGAUGCUUAAGGUAAAUUGGCGGAGAGCUAACAUGAGCAGCACUAUGGAAGAAAGAAGAAAACGAGAGGCUUUGGAAAAAUUGCUAUAUUGUGAAAGUAUGAAAUGAGCUACUGAGCUGUCAUCUCUCUUAAAUCAAUUACUUUCUAUCCAGUAUAGGUAUUGUGCUUAAAUGUGCACUCAGGCAACACUAUAUUGUGUACAAACUGCAUAUCUGUACAAGACAGACUGGUUUAUUGUGUAACAAAUAAGGCUUCUAAAGGAACUCAGGACUCUUCAAGGCUAAUGGCUGUAGCUCAGAAGGGAGUGAAUCCAUGUGCAAAGCCAUUUUCAUGAGUAGCUUUGCUGUAAUGCCGUACCUGCUGACUUGGAAAUGAAAAUAAUUUUGCUUAUUGCUUUUAAAGAGAGUAAAUUACAUUAGAGUGUUAAUAAAAACAAGAUUUUACUUUGAUCAAA